CAGACAUAUAGACCCGGUAACAAGAUAGAUGCAGGAUUGAAAGUCUGAAUCUGUGUUUUCACGCUUUACCUUAAAGGGUUCAACGUUUUGAGCUGAAAGAAGAAGACGUUUAUCUGCAAAACUCCAUCGUUAGGGUAUAGAUUUAUGAAAGAUCCUAAAAUCGAUGACGAAAAUAUAGCGUGUUAGAAGCAUCCAGCUGGACACGAUUGAGACAUUUGAUGAGUUUUUAGAGAUGAUUAAGCAAUGCCUGGUGUGAUUGGUUCACCAUACAUUCAGAACAGCCAGAAUUCACAACAAAGGUUUGGCUCAUAUCCUGACAGACGAGAAAUGUCACCACAUCGUCAAGAUUCAGACAUGAGAGCAUCAAGAUCUUCAUUUGCUAAUGGUUAUGGUUCAGACCAGCAGAGUGAUCAAGUUGAAGAUGGUCCACUUUACUUGUUGGAACAUUUGGCAACUUUUUCAGUGGGUUCAGAAUUUGGCUUAGAAUCACCUAAAGAUGGACUCCGAAGGCUACUUCAGAUGGAAAAAUCUACUGGAAUCUGGACUCAGAAGAUGCAGUUGAAAUUGGAUCGAAGAUGGGUGGUUAUUAAAGAUUAUGAGAAUGGUGAUGUGGUGGAGAAGUUUCCAAUGAACUUGAUCAGUGAUCCAACAAGUUUCAUUAGCAAUGAUUCGAGAGAAAUUUACAAUAAUGUCCUCAUUUUCAUUGUUCGAGAAGAUUCCAGAAACAAGUUAAAAAACUCUGGAGAGAUGCACAUCUUUCAGUGUGUUCGGGUAUCGGCUCAAGAUGUGGUAGAAGAGAUGAGACUUUUUAUGAAUGGAAAGUGGAAACCUGGUUACAGAAGUACACCAAGACCCAUUCCCCCUCCUCCAUCUAAUCCUCCUCCUGAUCCUCCAUUAAAUGGAAAAGUGAGAGAUCAUGUAAACUUGUUUAAUGCAGCAGCUGCAGCUGCUGCUUCAGUGCCACAAGAUUUUGCUUCUACGUUGCUUGCAGUACCACGUAGCUCUCAGAUAAAAAAUGAAAGACAGGACCAGAUGAGAUCACCAUCCCAUUAUCCUCGAGAAAUUUCUGAAGAACCUACCUCAGUGGGGAAUGAACGAUAUGAAAAGGAAGUGAUGAUGUUGAACUGUUGUUUUGAUGAUAUUGAAAUAUUUGUUGGUCGACUUCAACAUGCUGCAGCAGCUUACCAAGAAUUGGAACGAAGACAGAAAAGCCGAAAAAAUAAAAAGAAAGAUCUUGGUGAUGGGAUAUUGAGUAUACGUGCAAAGCCUCCAUCUGAACGAGAAUUUAUUGAAGUUCUGCAAAAGUUCAAGUUUUCAUUCAACUUGUUGGCCAGACUGAAGAACCACAUUCAUGACCCUAAUGCACCAGAACUGAUUCACUUCCUGUUUACUCCAUUGACUCUUGUUGUGGAUGCAGCUCAGCAGACUGGGUCAAAUCUACCACCACAAGUUGUCGCUCCGUUGUUGACAGCUGAUGCCAUAGACCUUUUGGUUAACUGCUGCUCUUCAAAAGAAACAGACCUGUGGCAUAGCCUUGGUGAUCCAUGGAUCAUACCCAGAGACCAGUGGAGAGGAAACCAAGGCAGUUACCAUCCAGUUUUCUCCAAUGGUUGGGCACCAGAAUAUCCUUUCUCUGAAGACAGGGAAAGAGCUGGAAUCACAGCAGCCGCAGCAGCUUCAGCAGCACAGCGAUAUAGACGUGAUAAUCUUCGAAGAGCUCAAGAAGAGGCUGAACUACGAAAUCAGGACUACUUGAGACAUUCUAAUUCCCAGUUGGAAAGAGAUGGACAUUAUGAUAUUGACUACUACAGCAGUGACAGAGAUCAAAGACCAAUGUCAGAACAACGUCCAACUAACUACAGUAAUCAAUUCUAUGAUGCUUCACCAGCAGAUGUACUAAGAAAGGCUCCCUACAUGGAUAGAUCUGGUGCUAACACUCCUUCUGAUCAGGACUUUCAUGAUAGAGAAACGAGAUCUGACAUCAGUACCAGUUCUGCUGAGCAUGGAAUGAUACCUACAGAUGCCCUCAGACAGUUUGAACGUCAACAGAGGCCUUGGUUUGAAGACAUAAGAGCACGUGGGAACAAAUGUGUUGUAGUAUUGUAUCCGAGAACUGCUAAUAAUGACAAAGAAUUGACAGUUGUGAAAGGAGAAUUGCUGGAGCUACUAGAUGAUAGUAGGAAAUGGUGGAGAGCAAGAAACAUGCGUGGACAGGUUGGCUAUAUUCCAAGUACUAUCAUAGCUCAGUAUCAGGGAUCACCUUCGGAAGAUGAGGUCUUUAGUAAUCCUCUGUAUUCUCGUGCUGGGCCAAGUCGAAACAACUACUACAGUCCCAAUGAAUCUUCACCAGUCCAAGAGAGAAGAAACGACAGUAGCUCUGGGCCAUCAAGCUCACCAUAUCGAGGUCCUUCAUACCACCCAAUUCCCACUCCAGCAUCAGCUGACUGGAUCCAAAGAGAACGAAUGGGAAAGAAAGAUAUGAUUCUAGAAUUUCAAGGUGAGAAGAUCUUGUAGAGAUUGCGGAUCAAGGUAUAACAUACUUCCAGUGAUCCAAGUAUAAAACCCAUCAUAUGAGACAAUUAUCUUGGAAAGUAUCAAAUUUUUAUUGCAAACAAGUGUUUAAUCUCACUUAGAAUUUAGUGAAGGAUAUCAUUAUAAGCAAUCCAAUUUUUGCUGGGUUUUAAGGAACAAAAUCUUUGAUAGGAGUUUAAUUUAACAGAUAUCAAAAGAACCAUUUGUUUGAUAAUGGUUCCACAUGAUUUGAGGUUAAAUGUCUUAUUAAGAACUAAAUUAAUUAAUAAUAACUCAAGGGAAUAACUUCCUUGGUGAAACAUGCAGGGAUCUGGAGACCAGUUUUGCCCAUUAAGAGUUUAAUUUUUUAAUUCAAAGAAUUGCUCCAAAGGGUCUUUGGGUCAUUAUCCACAACAGAAUUUUAACCUCUUCAAAUACAUCCCAACAACAGAAACAGAAUGUGAAAGUUGGUUGAACAUCAAAUGUGUCACACAACAGAAAUGAUGAAAAUGAAGAUGACCAGUGAUUCUCAGCUUUUUUUGUGCUACAUAUCCCCUAAUCAAACUUCUGAGCCAGCUGCAUACCCUUAAUGCAUAUAUUAAAAAAAUAUAUUAUUUAUAUUAAUGCAAAAGUAAAUAUAAAGAAAUAAUUUAAGAGUAAUUCAACAAUAUGCAAACAUUGAGUGCUGGCUAGUGGAAUAUGUUGGUGAUUCACCAGCCCUUCAAUUUAGAGAUGUUGGGCUUAUUUUCUUGUUGAUGUUUUUCAAAGAUUCUCAGGUACCUCUAGAAACCUCUCUGCAUACCCUCAAAAGUAUGAGUACCACAGGCUGGGAACCACUAUAAUAGACAAUCAUUCUAAGUCAAGGAGAGAGUUUAGAAUAGUUGAAGGUGGAGAAUGAGCCAAGAAAAAAUAUGUAAAAAUGGAGCUCACUUUUAUGGUGUUGUAGGAAGCAUGCUGAAGUAAUGAAUUUUCAAAAAAUUCUCCAAUAGUUUUAAUUCCAUUGGUGAAAGUAAGAUUUCAGAUACGUACAAAAUCCAACAGUAAAAUGAAGUAUUUGAUCAGGGGUGAAAUUAUCAGAGAUUGUAGGCAUUUAAGCCUUGGAGAUUGGAAGCAUAGUUAAGUGUGGUGUACAUUAGUGAGCUUCUCUCUCAUAAGAAAGCCUAAAAGUGUCAUAAAGACCACAACAGAAAGUUUGGUGGUUGAUGAUUGUCUUGUGUGUUUACCUUCCUACUUCACAUGAUAAAUUUAUAUAAUUUUACCUUCCUACUUCACAUGAUCAAUUUAUAUAAUUUUUAUUUGUAUUGCUGGUUGCACUUUUGAAGGUCUCUCCAUACUUCUAUUUCUUUUCUUUCCAACCAUUAUUAGUCUCAGAGUGGGUUCCUUGUCAUCAAAUUAACUGCAUUAGCUCAACUUUCUAACUCAUUAUUGAUUAUUUUAGAUUCUUUACUUGUAUGCUAUAAAUUUCAAAAAAAGAAUAGGAACUUGGGCUCUUUUGUUAGGUAUUUUUACACAAAAAGCACAACUGAGUUGGUAAUUACUUGUGAAACAUACGAGUCCACAAUUUAUAUACUCUUUGCUUUUGUUCCUAUAACCUGUAGAACAUUCUUGUUUUCUCAAGACAAUUGAUUACAUGCAUUUCUAUUGAGUAAAAAUUCUCAAAGCAUUAUGGAACAGAUCACUGAUGAGAUGCAUGAGUUUAGCACAGCACACUCCCAUCUGAGUGAGCCAAUGCUUCACAAGGCUGUACUUAAGCUCUUCCAAGAUUAAUUCUACACAUCACACUGGCCAAUAAAGAAUGAGCAAACAACAAGCUGUAGAUUGUAAUGCAACAAGCCUACCUCAAACUGGAAUACCAGAUUAACCAGGUCAAAGGAAGGCUGUAGCCCUCUUGUCCCCUCCUUGAAUUUUCCCCUUGUAUAGUCUUGCGACACAUACUAUUAAGUGUAAGGUGAUAUAUUUCAGGUGUGUUGUAUCUCAGAAGUUAUCCAAGUUAAGUAGUGAAUAAAUAAAUGAAAAGGAAUCUCAGAGAAGCAUUUUUAUGUUGGAUAGUGGUCAAUAAUUGCACUUGACAAUAGACAUUUCUGAAACUGGGUAAAUAUAAUGGAAAUUAGAAGCUUUCCAUGUUGGAUAAUGAACUCUAGAUGUAUCAGAUAUGAGAAGCUAUCAAGUAUGGUUUAUAAAUCUAAACUAUGUCAUAUAAUUGAAUAUGUCCAAGUAAUAUUACAAAAUACAUUUGUGUCACCAAAUAAAAGUUUUUCAAGACAAAUGAGGGUGGUAACUCAUAAAUGUGUCAUAUACCAGAAGCUUUGUAAGUUUGGGAAGUGAAUCACAUUUAUCACCCAACCAGAUACACUGAGAGGGUUGGAAAGCUAGUGAAGUUUUUAUCAAGGCCCUCUGCCACAAAGGGGUUCCUGGAGAAGGCAUAUACCAACCAAUCCUUCCUGAAGCCCUAGAACACCUCAGUAGCCUUGCACCCAACACAAGUUAUUCAAGUUGAGGCAUAUAUUAGGUUUAAUAGCAGUAGCUUUACAAGACUUUUAUUGAUUCAUAGUAAAGUAAAAAAGAAAGAAAAAUAAAAUAAUGAUGUUUAGCAAAUCACAUUUGUGUCACCCAACAAAAAAGUAUUCAUGGUUUGAUAAAUAUUAAGUUUUUUUUAUGAUACUUGUAGGGUAGUGAAUCAUAAAUGCAUGCAAUAACAGAAAUUUUCUUUUAAAGUUGAAUAGGGAAUUACAGAUGUCACACAGCAAAAUCUACUGGAAGAUUAUAUAUAAAAAUCCUGUUGAAAAUGAUUAUAUCUUAUAACUACUUGUUCUAGGGGAAAUAAAUUCUACCAUUGGCACAAUAAAAAUCAUAUGUUUUAUGAAGGAGAAUUUGGACUUGAAACAAGGUGUUCCAAAAUCACCUUCGUAGAACGUUUUCAGUAUGCUUUCUCAAUCAGCAUAUCAAACACGUAUCUCUAAAUUAAGUGGCUGCAAGCAUCAUAUGUUUUAGACAUUGUUCAUAUUCUUUAAAGAGAAAUAAAAGCAAUGCUAGUUUGUGAGGAAAGUGAUUUAGACAUGUAUGCAGUAAAAUAUGAUUUUGAAACACACUGUACUACGUCCAAAAUGAAUGAACCUUAUGGUUGUUAUUGUGCCUCACUGGUGAUGAAAUGUUUUCCCCAUGAACAAAUAUCUUUUAAAAUAUUAUCACCUUGUACUGAUAUCCAAGUCAUGUAGUAUAGCAGAAACUAUUAAUUGAGUUCUAUGAUACACUUAAUUGAACUGUCAAGUUCAUAAAUGGGGCAUACAAAAGAAUUUUUGCAAUGGACUGUAUGUUAUAAGUAUUUUACAUAAAGUAAGCUACUCAAAUUAGACUUGAAUUGUACAUGUGUGUGUCACACAUAAAGUAGAAUAUAAAAGUAUAUAUAUGUUGUAUAACAGAAUCUAAUAAAGUUCAGGUACUAGUUCUCCUUUAAGUUACAGAAAUGGUUAUUAAGGUGACUUUUGUCCCUACUGGUGUUAACUUGUUUUAUUUGUAAUAGUUAGUUGUUUAUGUAAAUACCAAAUUGUAACUGAAACAAAACAAUUACAGAUGUACAAUUACAUUUGUUUAGGAAGUUAUUGAGCUUUUGUUCUAUUUUGUUAAAUAAAAAAUUUUAUUCUGUCUUUAUCAUAUGAUUUUGCUAUCUGUAUAAUAAUCCCCCAGUGGGUCUGUGCUAAGUUUAUGGACUUACAAUGCUAAUAUUUGGGGUUUAAUUCCCUGCAGUGACAAAGUGGUGAUAGCCCAUAGUGUAGUUUUGCACUAAGAAAACAACAUUUAUGUAGUAUUCUACACCAAACCAUUUUCUUGUUGUGCAGCCAGGAUUCUAAAUGUUAUUAUUUUUUUUAUUAUGCAAAUUCUCUGGAAAGCCCAGUACUUGUUUCUUUUUAUAAAUUUGUAUUAGUUUUGCUAAGGAAUAUUUUAUUAAUACUUAUAUUAUCUCAAGUGCAUUAGUUUGAUAAAUUACUAACUUGUUGAUUUCUUUUGUAUAAAAAAAAGUGUUUGGUUGUAAUACAGAUGUAACUAAUAUCAAGAUUGCACAGUUACAAAACUUACAUAUGUAUUAUUUUUUUGUUAUUGUAUUGCCAGUAUUUUAUUGGAAUUUAUGUAAGAGUGUCCUGAUUCUGUUUGGUUAGUUGGUAGAACUUUAUAAGAAUAGUACAACAUUUUAUAUCUGGUGUUUCAUGGAAUGACAGAAGUUGCUUUAAAUUAAAUUCAGUAGUAAUCUUAUAGUGCAAUCAUUCCCCAUGUUUAUAUUUAAAUCCACUCCCUGGUGGCUUUGCAGUAAGUCUGAGGGUUUGUAAUGCUAGGAAUUGGAUUUUAAUGCUUGUGGUGGGUACAACACAGAUAUCCCAUUGUGUAUCUUUGUGCUUUACAACAAAGAAACAAAUAAAAUGUUAAUUCUUUCAGCAUGCACCAAAAAUACUAAUUUUCAAGAAUUACAGAUCAAACCCUCUAGUGAAGUUCAAAAGGAACUAAUGUUAAACAUUGAAUAUAAAUAGUGUUUUGACCUCUAAAGAUGUAAAACUUUGCAUCAUCAUGUAAGAUUAAAUAUGAUAUCAUUUGAAAUACUUUGCAUUUGUAAUUAACACGUUCAUAGAUUUUAUUCACAUUGCUCAAGAUGUAAUUUGCAUUUUUGUACUCUGUGUUAACAAAUAUAUUUUAGUCUUGAAAAAUACCAUUUGUAUUAAAUGUUCAUUUAUGUUUUAAGUCUGUUCAUUGAUGGUGGAAGUUAUAUAUUUGGUUGACAAUGAUAAUUCUUAUGUUCACAUAGAGUUUUAAGGCUGUUUACUGACUUCAGAUGAUAAACCUGACUGUUAUUAUACAUAAUCGUUGAAAAUAUGUUGAAUUUUAUUGGCUUUAGAUAUUAAAUGUGAACCAUAGUUCAUCCAGGUUUUUGUCUGCUUAUUGAAUUUUUAAAGUAAAAUGAGUUGGUAUUGUAAAUGACAUUUAGCUUUGAAAAAUAAGCAUUUUAGAAAUAUUUUUCCAUGACUUCUGAAAGUCACUGGUGACAUCUAAUAGUAACUUCAUCAAGUUUUUUCUAAUGAUAAAGCUAAAGUCAGAGAAGUAGGUAAAUAACUGUGUAAAGUGUAUACAUUUUUAAUAAAGUGAUCUGAAAAGGUUUUACUCGUAGCUCAGAAUGAUAUGUAGCAGCUGGAAUGUAUGACUUUUUUUAACUUUGUUUGGACACUAAAUAUGAAGUAGAUCAUGGUAUAUGGUUGACCCCUUGGCUUCUGGAGUGAAUCAUUGCUGUAUGUUUAUUGAUUUUCAAUAAAACUUAUAUUAUUAACAAGCA